UAUAAAAUUAGAUGGUCUUCCAAUUAAGGAUAUCCGUCCAUAGCAAUUAAUGGUAGGCUGAAAUACUAAAAUUAGAAGCUCAGGAAAUGCAAGCCAGCGCAUGGUAUGGUAAAAAUAGUGCAGCCAUUCCCCAGUUGCGAGUUUCAGGGGGUCAUCUAGCGCUCCUUUCGCCUUCCCUUGUUGAAUAUUUCAGUUUCAUGUUGAAAACAUGCAGAGACUUAAGACAACCAGGACCAUCCGUCCCUAUUCCUAAACUAAACUCUCAGGAAAGGACGUUGUGAUGGAAGAUCCAAUGGAUGGGUUUGAUUCACAGUUGCUCAAAGAGAUCGAGGACCAUGAUAACAAUGAGAAAUUUGACUCGUCUUCUGAAACUGAGAUUGAUGAGUACAUCAUGCUGCAUUCGACCCAUAAGAAUCACCUCUUUGGACGCCAGAAGCCUCUUCACUUGGUUCUUGGCGGUGAAAAACAUGCCAAUAUCAUACUGUGGCGAAACACGCAGAUCUCAACACACAUUUUUGCCGGUGUCACAGUCAUAUGGUUUCUGUUUGAGUGCAUAGGUUAUCACUUGCUUACUUUGGUUUGCCACUUUCUUAUUCUGUCAUUGACAACGGUCUUCCUGUGGUCCAAUUUAGCGUCCUACAUCAAUGUGUCGCCCCCAAAACUCCCCGAGGUAACCCUGCCGGAUGAACUGGUUGUGAAUUUCUUUCUCUUGCUUAGGAGCAUCAUCAACCGCGCAUUUACAUCCUUCCAGGAUGUAGCUUCUGGGAAGGAUUUGAAGAAGUUUCUUAAGGUGAUUGCGGUUCUGUGGGUUCUCUCUGUUAUAGGAAGCUGGUUCAGUUUUUUGACUUUGUUAUACCUAUUGUUUGUAAUGCUAAUGACAGCGCCAAUGCUGUAUGAGAAAAAUGAAGAUGCUGUGGACAUUUAUGCUGAGAAGUUGUGGUUUGAAGUGAAGAAGCAGUCUGCUGUCUUGAAUGAAAAUGUUCUGCAGAAGCUCCCAAUCUUUGGUUCCGAGAAGCAUCAUAAGCAGCAUUAAGAAUAUGCAUAUUGCAGUGGUUAGUAGUUUUUCUCUGUUUUACCAUUUGUGAAAGGCAAACUUGGAUUUCCUGGGAGUACAUGGUACAGAGAAAGUAAACCAUUUAUCAUCUUCAAAACAAAGGAGCAAUGUAAUGCCAUGGCUGGUUUAAACAAAGUGCAAAAAAGAACAGCCUCAUAUUUGAAUAGGUUAUUGUACCAGAUUGGAGUGCUCACAGUGCUAUUUUAAAGACACUUCUUUGCUGAAUUAUAGAUAUCAAGUUACAAAAUCUUUCAAACAUACAAGGCUCUUAACAAGUUUGACCAUCUUACCAACUCAUAAAGCUGCAUGCAGAUUCCAGCAGCUAAGGGUGCUCUUAUCUAAGAUACAAUGAAAAUCCUUCUUGGUAAGACUGC